CGGGGCUGCGAGGUCGCUCGGAAGGCAGGUUUGACCCUCUGGGGAGUCUGUAGAUCCCAAGGUGGAGCUUAGAACGGGUCACCGCAGCUCAUCAUGGAGAGAGGAGGCAGCGGCAGACCCGCAGAAGCAAGGCCCGAACAACUAAAGCCUCGGACCGGUCUGAAGAGAAACCCGAAGAAGAACCCCAGUGGCGGGGGGAGAGCCAGCUGGGGGAAGCGCGAAACCGACCUCUUGCUGGAGGUCAUCCUCAAGACAGGGAAGGCCAGGCAGACGAUUCCCGGAACGGGCCAGAGGAACAACGCCCUGUGGGGAGAGAUCGCGGAAGCCCUGGCGCGGCACCAACUGUCUUUCACCCCCAAGCAGUGCCGAACCAAGUGGAAACACCUGAAGAGCCAGUUCCGCUCGGAGCAGGCUUUCUCCGAGGCCAGCGGGGCCCACGGGGUCCACCAGUCUCCCUUCUACGAGAAGAUGGAAGCCCUCUGGAAGAUGGAGGCCGUAAGCCCCGUCGAGGCCAAACGGCCGAGGCAACAGGCCGGAGGAAAGCCAGCCCGGAGACCCCCCAAGGACCUGCGGGAGCACGCCCGAGCGUUUCCUGCCCUGGGACUCCAGCCCCUGCCGAGGAUAGCUGCCAACGCCACUCCUGAGUCUGGAGAGGGCAUCCCAAGGGGUGCCCCGCAGCAGGAGCCCCCUGCGGCUCCCAGCGUUCCCCAAGACCAGCAGAUGGGAACCACGAUGGUGCAGAUCCUGGAGGAAUUGAGGCGCCUCUCCCGGGACCUGCAGAACGUGUCGGUCGUCGGCGUUCACAUCUCCAAGAUCCUCCAGUGCCAGCAGGAGCACCUCAUUCCCGGCAUUCAGCUCCUGAAUCACAAUGUCUAUCAGCUUUGCCUCCUGUUCGCCAACCAGGGGGAUGGCGCCGGGCCCCCCGGGCCCUGCCCGCCCCACGGGCUCAAUCCCGACGGCCUCCUCUGGUCCGACUCCCCGGUUCCCGAGCCUCGCGCCUCGGCCUUCGAGGCUCCGGAUGCUCCCCGGGCCCCGGAGUGAGCUCGGUCCCUCUCCCUCUCUAAACGCGCGGAGUCGGUUCCGUGGCGUGCGUUCAGAUGGUUUCCUUGGCACGCGUUGGGAUGUUGCGUCGUUCCGGGUCUGCGGCCGUUGGCCCGUGCUGGGGAGAUCCCAGAGGUUCGAUUCUGUUCCUCGGACCCGUGUGCCUUCCGACCGGCCCCCCGCCUCGCUGGGAUUCAGGUCACUGACCUCGAUCCUCCAGUCGAGAGUUCCCCGUGGGCAGGGAGCGCUUCCACCGUCUCUCUCGUAAGGCACCUUCCCAACCACUUGGUCCAGUGCUCGGCACAGAGUAAGCGUUCAAUAAAUUUCACCGACCGUCGGUUGAUCGACUGGCAAA